AGUCAAUUUAUAAACACAUUGAACAAAAUAGUUUUAACGUUUACAGUAUUUAAUUCGAGUAAUCCGUUUAUGACUUGAAUGUUUAAAUGUUCAUUCAACUUUCUGCUACUGGGUAAUUUAACAUAACCAAAAAUAAAAACCAGUAGUCAAAACAAAAUUUUUAUCUGGAGUUAAUGAUAGCCAUAUUUGAAUACUGAUGUCUGCGGACAAAUUAUUUCGUUUGUCAGAACUUUGUGAUACACCUUGUAUAUAUAAAUAAUUUUCUGCAAGUUAAUAUCUAUGUUGGAUACCUAUUUAAUUUUGUAUAAUAUUGUUAUAAGAAAACGAGCUAAAAGUGUGUAGUUGCAUAGUAUAGUCAAAUCGACUAAGUCAAUAGUCAUUAUAUAUGGUCAUACUUAGAUUCACAAAUAAAUAUAGGUAAAUUACAAAUUACAUUUUUAGCUGUAAAAUUAGAGAUAUUACAUUUUUUUUGUGCUCAUUAAUAUGUAAAUUGUAAUGUUCUAAAAAACAACGACUAACGACAAAAUAUUAUUUUAGAUUUUAUAGUCUCACGCCAAUAUAAAUGGCAUUGUUGCACGAUUUUCACUUGAUCUGAAUCGGGCGUAUAUGGUCUAUGAUUUGAGGCGCAAAUGGGCUAAGAUAAAUGUGUUGCGCCGAUUUUACAAAUAACUAUUUUUUAUAGUAUGUUAAUGUAUAUCAUAUACAUGUAUGAUUUAUAAAAAGGUAAAUAAAAUGUUAAAAUGUCAACAUUUUCAGAAAAAUAAACUAAAAAAGGCUAUUUUUGAUUUUUUUGAAAAUAAUUAAAUAAACAAUAAUUUUGUUUAACUUUUUUAUUAAAAUAUGAAAUAUUGAAAUACUUGUAGUCCUUGUCCCGGUGAGUCUUUUAAAAUAAAACAGAACUAUUAUCCAUUAUUUUAGGAGAUUCGCAAUGGUAAAUCCUCGCGGGAUAUCUUGUACUUAUAUUAUAGUAGCAUAUUAUUUUGGUUGAUUUUUCGGUGGGGUAUCCAAAACGUCCAUAAUGGCACAGCGAAAUUCAAAUAAUUCGUAGACACCUAUUAAUUCUAGAUAAACUGUACACUAUUAGCUUAAAAAUAUACAUCGAAACGUGACAAGUGUCGUCGGAUCGAAUAAAAUUAAUUUCACUUUUGCAGUGGAUAUAAAUAUGUCUAUAGGCACGAAUAAAAUAAUACCUAAUAAACUGGGCUAUUUUUUCGAUUUUGUGGAGGAGAGGUGUACGGAAAUCGGAGGACAACACUCUCACCCACGACCCACCAAAAUACGCCGCCGACGCCCGUCUGAACGUCGAUGUUUCGACUAGCACUGCCCUCCCAGGCCCAUCACGUUAACCGGUACAGGACGACGCACGACGAGGACCAGUGGUGUUUUGGUGUAUGCAAAAUAAGAGCGCCGAUCGGUGACCGGUGGUGGUAACUGGUGCAUACGUGCCACUAGACACUCUGGCGGUCCGGUGGGCGCUGUCGGCUUUGAUCGCGCGGUGCGACAGACGACUGCGACAACGAUGCUUCCGGUAUACCGAUGGUGGUGAUGGCGAUGGCUUAUUGCGGUGGCGCAGAUUUCACGGGCCGUGUUUGCUUAGAAAAUAAUCGUCAGCAGUGCCGACCCGCGGCAGACGUGUGUUCCGGGUACUGUGCUGAUGUGCGACGUCGGCGGCGACCGGAUGAUAUGCGCAGACAUGCCGAGACGAAAAUUAAACAAUAGUGCAGUAAUAUGCAGUAAUAUGCGGCGGUUGGCCACCGGUUUCACAUCACUUCACUCGUGUUUACGUCGCGUCCGUCGCUCCCCGCGCAGCAGCAGUCACCACGCACCAGCCCGUAUAAACAGGAUCGGAUUUAGGAAUGUGGAGGUGUUAGGCCCGUUCUUAGGACCCUUAGUGAUGUGGCUAUUAUUUUUCAAUUUCACGUAAUGAUUUUUAAAAUUAUUUACAGCAAACAAUUAAUAUUUUAAUCAUAAGUAGUGUAGAAAAAAUGUAACUACAUUAAAAUAAUUAACACGAAAAUUAAAUAAUAUAAUAUAAAUAAAAAUAGUUGAUUAUAUUAAUAUACUCUUGCAAUUUGGAGUGGGCUGGGGUGCGUAUUAGCCGCCGGCUACGGCACGACGGCACACAUCGUCACUCGUCACACACCAUAUAUUAUAUGCAUGCAACAUAAUGCAUUAUGUUGCAUUGUUGCACCUUUAAGUUUUACUCUGCGGCCCGUAUUAUUUUAUCAGUUAUAUUAUAUAAAUCUUCAGUCUCCCAGGCAUAAUUACCCACGGGCCACUACUGAUGAUGACUGUAGUCUGCGUGCGUUCGCUGUAUCCAUUGCGUGCACAGAUAAUAUGUAUAAUAAACAUUUAUUAUUAUAUAUAUCUGUGACUGCGUGCACGGUGCAACUAUUCAAGAUUGUCAGUCGUUCAAGUCGUCGAAGUCUUAUUAAGAUAGAGGAGUUUUUCUGUGUUCAUCCAUGCGUCGGAAAAGACAUCUUUCGAUCAUACAUAUAAGUGACGUAUACCAUGUAUCCAAGCCCGGCUCUUAGGGUAGGCGACAAACGCCUACGGCGGCAUUUUAACAUUUUUGUAUUAUAGAAUUGACGUAGUAUUUAUACACGCAGACGCGGCAAAACUCAAGUUUGCCUAGGUGUGUUUAAACACUUGAACCGGGCCCGCAUGUAUCAUGUUCAAUAUCCUUGUUAAAUUAGAUGGUAGCAGUAGUUUUGAAUUUUUCUCGAGUAUUUAUUCAAACCGUCAAAACCGCGAGGGGCCUCACAUUCAUUUGGUACAGAAAACGUGCAGCAGACGUCGGGACUGUUGAUUGCACGUAUUAUGUGUUAGAGAAUUUUUUCGCUGUGCCAAUAUGAACCCGUCUGCUUUUAUGACUCAUUUGCUUAUAUUAGAGUCAAAACGACUGAACCCGAUUUUCGCAUAUAUAUAAUAUGUACUAACACACACCAAAAAAUUCGUCUGUUCGACUCAUACACCGGUUAGUUACCUAAUGACAAUAAUAUUUAUACGAUAUAAGAGAGUGUUUAAUAUAGUAAAAGUGCCUUUAAAAGAAGGGCUUGUGUAAUAAUUAAUUUUUGAACAUUGCAGUAUAAUAUAAAAGCUCGCGUGACGACCCCGUUUUAAUCCACGUUGCGUUGUAUCUUCAGGAUACUUAAAAUGAAGUGUAUCCAUCUGUUGAUUCUGUUGCAUUUGGAAGUGAGCUAUGAAAGUUUUUGGGUUAAGGUUUUUAAGUGGUCUUCUAUUUUUUGAAUUAAAAUUUUUGUUUAUGUUUACGUUUCUUAAAAUACAUAAUAGUUAUAGCGAUUGUAAGUCAUAAAUUAUUUGUAUUUAAUAUAUAUAUAUAUUUGAUUAACCAAUUGGUACCUUAUUAACGUAAUAUUGCCAUUUAUAUGUAUCAUUGGGAAAUACAGACGAUUUUGAAUAUUUUAAGAUAGAAUUUAAUGAGUAGGUAUAACCCGUUUGUUUGCUUUUAAUCCAAUAUAGAUACGAAACUACAGCGAUCGGCAUAAAUAAAUACGUUUUUAUUAUUUUUCGUUAUUGUUAGUUUUUCAGUGUUAUACGUGAAAUGUGCGAAUAGUGAAGUGUAAACAGUCAACAUGACGGUACCGCAAGCAGAAGAUGAACAAGAACAUCUUUCAGCAUUGACAGUAGUCGAUGAUUCGAAUUCGGCCGAUGUUCCGAAUUUGAAAGGUGAUUGGAAUAACAUUUUUAUAUUGCUGAUGCUGUACACAAUACAAGGCAUAGCAAGUUUCGGUUUUAUUAUAGGAGUGACGGUACUUAUGCAAACCAACAAAAAUAUAACUUAUAAAGACCAGGCUCUUUUUAGUAUAGUUACAUGGCCAUAUAGCUUGAAAAUUAUCUGGGCACCUUUAGUAGAUGCGUUCUGUGUACAAAAAAUGGGAAGACGAAAAUCUUGGCUAAUACCUGUUCAAUAUUUAAUUGGAGGAUGUUUCAUUUAUAUAGGCAAUAAUAUUAACGAAUGGUUGCCAGAAACUGGACAGCCAGACGUAUUGAAAUUGUUUUACGCGUUUUUAUUCCUUCAAAUCUUAGUAGCCACACAAGACAUAGUUGUCGACGGUUGGGCACUAACAAUGCUAAAGAAGAAUAACGUGGUAUAUGCAUCAACUUGUAAUGGAGUAGGCGUACCACUGGGCAUAACGAUUGGCUCCUUUUUUCUUGUUUUAUUUACAUCCGAGAAUUUUUGUAACAAGUACUUACGAUUUACACCGGUUACAGGUGGAAUAGUGACCAAGGAAUAUUUAUUUUACUGUUUGGCCGUUCUUUUUAUUUUAAUAACAACAUUGAUUUUCAUCUUCAAAAAAGAAAAAGAUUACAGGUCAGAGGACAACUACAUAAAGCUCAACGUUUUUCAAAAUUACUUACUGAUAUGGGAUAUUUUAAAAAUACCUAGUAUCCGGGUAUUGAUGACUGCAUUGUUGACAGCGGAGAUUGGAUUUGCUACAACUGACCAAAGUUUAUUGAUUUUGAAACUCAUUGAAACAGGAGUACCAAAAGAGAAUAUUAUGAUUAUAAACUCAUCAAUGUAUAUAGUACAAAUUAUUACUCCGAUCAUUGUAUCAAAAUACACUUCGGGACCUAAACCAAUGAGCGUAUUCUUAAAAGUAACACCCGUCAGAUUAAUUUGGAACAUUACGUUUAUUAUAUUUAUAUAUUAUGCAACACAAUUUCUUACAACUUAUGGAAAUAUAGGUUUUCCAAUAUAUUACUAUGCAAUUUUAGUAUUUAUAUUCAUAAUAAUUAACAUUCUAAACAUGACUAUGAGAGUGGCUAAGUUCGCUUUAUUCAAUCGGAUAAGUGAUCCUCGUUUUGGCGGUAUUUAUAUGACAUUAUUAAAUACAUGUUCAUUUUUGGGACUGUUUUCAUCAAAUUCACUUGCGAUGUCAAUGUUAGAUUAUUUAACAUUCAAAGAAUGUUUGUCAAAUUAUAAUAACAAUUGUUCUACAUCAAAUCCAAACAAUACGUGUAAAACAAAUGGAAGUAGUAGUUGCACUGUGACAGUUAACGGUUAUUACGUAGAAUCGGCUAUGUGUAUACUGUUUGGAAUCGGAUGGUACUUUAUAUUCAGAGGCACUCUUAAAAAACUCCAAGUUAAGAGCUCUUCUCAUUGGAUGGUCAAUGUGAAAAAUAAUAAAGUGAAGAAAAAUGAAACAACUGAGUACACAAUGGUUCAGAAUUCAUAGUGAAGGUUAUUAUCUUGCUCAUCAUUAAUAGGUCAACCAAUAAUAGUUUUGCGUUUUAAUAUUUUAUCUUAAUAUUACUAUAUACCAUUGUAUAUCAUAAUGUUUUUUAUUAGGGACGUUAUACUAAGUUAAACUAAAUAAUGUGUAUGUUAAUUUUUUAUUGUCAAUUAAUUAUCUAUGAUUAUACUUGUACUUAACUUAAGAUAAAUGAUUUAUUUUUAAAUGAUACUAAAUUAUCUCUAGUUAAUUAUAUAGUGUUAUAAACAGUAUGUGAAAAAAUAUUAAUAUUAUGUAAAAUUUUACACUUAAUAAUUUGUAAAAUUGAGUACAUAACAAUGAUUAAAUAAAAAAUUUACUACGAA